CCUAAAAUUCUCUAUUGACAACUUGAAGUGCUGUAUUUUUCAUUAUUGAACUAUUAUUUAUUUAUAAUAUGUAAAAGUUAUUAUCAUUCUUAAAAAUUGAAAACAUCUGAUAAAUAAAGAUAUUAGUGUAAAAAUACAAAAAAAAAAACAAACGGAAUGGCACUUUUUAAAAGUAUUACACAUUGUACUCGAACAGAUCUCAACAUUUUAGUGAAAGGAUUUAAAACUUCUUCUGUUUCAUGCAUUGAUCAAAAAUGGAGAAGAGAGAGACGCUUAACAACGAAUCCAAAUGGAUUUGGUCCUUUAACAAAUUUACCCGAUUAUUCAUUUAAGGAUGGAAGACCAGUUCCCUUAGGUGUCAAUCAAAACAGAAAAUUAGUUAAAAAUCGCGAAUACGCUGCUAAAAUUGUGAAAUUAGUUGGAGAAGUUGAUUAUGCUGUCGAACGAUACAAUAGAUUAAUAGAGGAAAAGAAAAAAGAGAGAGAUGAAAUUUUACGCAACAAAUUAAAACCAAAAGGUCAAUUAUUGUUAAACAAAAAUAAUGAUUCAUAGUUUGUCAUUUAAUUUCUGUUAUUAGUUUAGAAAAUAAAUUUUUUCAAAUUCUAAA